CACAAACAAUUGUUCAAAUGUCAAUUUUAUUGUCAAUAACAAAAGAAAAGAGAAACAUUAGAAGAAUAAGAACAAGAAAAAAGCAGUGGUGGAAAAAUUGGGAAAAAGGAAAUAAAUUUCAAAGAAAAUUGCUGAAAACUUUAUUACAAACGAUAAGAAAUAGAUAUAUGUCGUGAAAAAUAGGACAAUCAACACAAAUUGUAUAAUUUCUUAUAUACUUUAUCAAUUGGAAGCUGAAAAGCCAUUAAAACAAAAUGAGUGUGCUCACAUAUCCACCCACAAAUGAAGUGGAAAUAUUUCGCCAUUGUACCAAAGAAUGCGGCAUCAUUACAUCCACAGAGGAUCAGCAAUAUUUUGCGCUUGGAUGUAUUACAUGUUCGGAGAAAUUUUUAUAUUUCGAUGCUUUCAUAGAACACAUGCAAACCAUGCAUGUGUCCUAUGACAAUGAUGGCUCCUCCAAUGCAAUGGGCAGUGGUGGUAUGUAUGGGCGCAACUCAAAUAAUGGUGAAAGAAGCAAGCUUAAGCGACGUCUGGAACAUGAUAGUGAAGAAGAUUUGACGACUUUGCUACAACCGCCAGUGGUGAUGAUUAAAGAGGAGAAGAUUGACGAGGACGAUGAUGACGAAAAUGGAGCUCUUAUACAAAAUGAGCCUUUGGCUAACGAUGACGACGAUGAUUAUACUGGUGGUUACUACAGUGUUAAACAGGAACAAACAGACCCGGAAAUAAGUAUGGAGAUAGGAGAUUCCAGUUAUAUGGGCGAUUCUUUUGGUAGUUAUAAUGAUGACUAUGGCGGUGAUGAUGAGCUAGAACAAAGUAAUAAUGGUGAUGACACCAACUAUGACGAUUUAGUUGAAGAAUCUUUAUUGGAGAAUACAGCCUCUGUUGGCGUCACCAGUCACAUAAAGGAUCGCAAAAUGAUACAGUUUCUUAUUGAUGCCUAUCGCCGUAACACCUUUUUAUGGGAUCAUCGUCAUCCACAAUUCCGCGAUCGUGUUCGUCGCAGUCAAUUCAUCGACUAUAUAAAUUCAGAAUUUAAGAAACGUUUCAAUUUAACACUAGCAAAAGAUGCAGUUACACGUAAAUGGGAUAAUUUACGUACCGUCUAUAAACGUGAAUGCAAUCGUAUGGCCCUGGAAAAGACAAACGUCAGUACAUUGUGGUAUUUCAAAGAGUUGCAUUUUCUUAAUCGUCUAUAUGGUGGCAAUCAAAAGAUAUCAGACGCUGUUGUUAAAGAAACAGUAUACCGUAGACGUUACUCGGCUUUAUGGAAUGAUAUUUCUACUAAUAAAAUGUUGCAGCUACUGAAGGGUUAUCCUUGCUUCUAUGACAAAUACAAUAUAGAUUAUCGUAGUAAAGAAAAACGUGGAGAAGCCCUACAAAAAAUGGUGGUCGAGUUAGUUGGCUAUAUUGAUGUGACAACUAUACAAAUAUCGAAGCGCAUAUCACAAUUGCGUUUUGAUUAUUCGAAGCAAAAGCAAGAGCGUCUGAUGUGUGAAAUGAGCGGAAGAGCAUUUGCUCCCACUUACAGUUAUUAUGAGGUUAUGUUUUUCAUGGAUAACGAUAUAGCACCAUUUAAGUGUGAACACUGUCCAAUGAUUUUGAAUUCACCACGUGAAUUGGACACUCAUUUGAUGACACACCAGCAUAAAAUACAACAGCAACCUCAUCCUGUAUCAGGCUCAUCAGCCUCCAAACUAUACAUUGGUGGAGGAGGAGGUGGGGGCUCAAAUAUGGGUGGAUCAAACUACUAUUGUCCAGUUUGUCAGUUGGGCUUCAAUGAUCUGGAUCAGUUUACACGUCAUAAGCAAAUACAUCCGGCUCUCAAAGAUGUGAAAUAUCAUUGCGACUUGUGCACGGCCAGUUUUCGUGAAAAGAGCAAUUUCGACGAACACAUGCGUAGACACAACGACGAACUCUUAAUACCCGAUUUAACAUCUAUGAAUCCAGAUGAUGGUGAGGAUGAGUUAAUAACCGACGACAGAAUAGACACUAGCUCUCCCACACGAUCAGACGAUGGACGUGGUUUUCGCUGUCACUAUCCCAGCUGUGGUAAACACUUUAAUGCACGCAGCACUAUGAUGGAUCACGUGAAGUCACACUACAACGACGAGGAGUUUAGCUGCGAUAUAUGCGGUAAGGUAUUUAGAUCUAUUAAGAACUUGCAAAAUCACAAACAGAUUCACGAUGCUGUUAAGAAAUACAUUUGUAAAAUAUGUGGUUCAGCUUUUGCCCAGGCGGCUGGUUUAUACUUACAUAAACGGCGACAUAAUCGACAACAACUUGAACGUACUUAAGCUUUUAAAAACAUUUUUCUCAUACUUAUCAUUAAUGCUACAUAUUUCUUUUUUUAGUAUGUAUUCUUUGUUUGUUUUAUUCUCUAAACAUGCACAAGAAAUUUAUGUAAGAUUAAGAGUAUUAAAUGAAGUAGUAAGAUUAUGAAAAGUAUUAUAGAACACUAGAAAAUACCAAGGACAUUUAAGAGAUGAACUACACACUAUUAUUUGUCUUACUUUUCAUUAACUAUUUUCUUAUGGAUAUUUAUUAAAUAAUUAAUUAUUUAACACAAUACCCUGAUAACAAUGAUGUUUUUAUUUAAGGCAACCACUUAACAUUUAGAGCCAUUUAUCUUUAAAUAGCAUUUUUGUGUAUUUCUCUAAAAGAUAUCUGCUUUAAAAGGGGAACAAAUUUUAAUUUGUUUUUAAUUUAAUUUUGUCUUUUUGUUGAAGAAUGAAUGUAUUGUUUAUAUUUUAAAAAUUUGAUGUUAGAAAAGAUUUAUAGAGCAUGAAUGAAAAAUUUCGAAAAUGUUCUAUAAGAACAGAAACUGGCCACAACUACUAUUAUUUUAAAAUUAUAUUAUAUUUUAUUCAUCUAAAAUAUGUAUGUAUGUAUAUUUUUUAUUUUGCAAAAUCUCAUUGAUAGAUUAUCAUUAAAAAAAUUGUUAACAUAUAACCGAUGUCUGGUUAUAUUUUCUUUGCUAACUCGUGCAACAAGAAAAAAUGCUAUUCAAUGUAAAUUGUUGAUUUGUUAUACAUAUUUUUGUUUGACAAAUCGGAGUGCCUCGUCCCUAUUUAUAAUUCUCUAUAACAAGUACCUUGCAUUUCGACAAUGUUUUCAUUUGAAUCAAGUUACUCCCAGCAUUAGCUCUUUAUUACUAAUUUUAUAAAGCUCUGUGAGUAUUAAAUAAACAUAUCUGUUUCCAAUUUAAACAAGUAUAAAGAAAGCUAUUUAAGGUAAUAAAUGUUAAAAAGCAAUAUACCAGUCAAAUAAUAAUUUCAGUUAUGAAUAAAUUAUGGCGUGGUGGAAUACGAAAUAUAAUAUGGAAUGGCUGAUUCUUUAAAAUUGCAUUUAUUGUACUUAAUUCUGUAAAUUAAAUCCAAAAAAAAUUUUCACUUUUUUUCGUCGUUCAGAAAUCCGUCAAUUUUAUAAAAACAGGCUGCUACAAAAAAAGUUUUAUUUUUUUUAAGUGUGUGUAAAAAAAAUCACGAAAAAUCGCUUAUUAUUCUUCGCAAAAAUCAAUAUUACAUCUAAUCUAAAUUCUGUUCUGUUGCUAGUUGUUACACAUAUUUUCAAAAUUAUUUCAUUUGUUACCUUAAUGAUAUUUGUUCUGUUAAACGAGUCUGCAAAAUUUGUUGUCUUAACAUCACAACUAAAUUUGUUUAAAGCUACAAUUUUUACCAUAUGAACUCUCCUAAUGUUGAACAUUCGAAUUAUUUCUUAAAAUGUAUUAAAUAGUUUGAGUACAAAAAUACAAACCAACAAUUUUAUUUAUAAUUCAAUUUAAGAUGUCUUCUAUCUAUAAAAACAAUUCCUUUACAGGAUAUCGACAAAAUUUUAACAAAUUACUAAUUCUCGAAGAAAAAAUUAUAAAACAAAUUUGUGUUUUGUUUCUUUUGUAUUUAAUGAAAAUUAGAUUUAAAAAUUUGUUUAAACAUUUUUAAACUAAAUAUAGUAGUAAAUUAUGCAUUUGCUUAUUUUAUUUGUCGUUCUAUGUAACAUGUUAAGAGAUUAUUAUAUAUAUUUAUAAUAGAGAUUACUUUAAUUUAUUAAUAUGUUAUUUUUACUGCCUGUUUAUGGUUAUAUGUAGUGCCGUACUGGUCAGAUUUACAGGUUUUAGUUAGUAAAAGAAGAAGGCCUUACUUUGUUCUGUAAUUAGUGAUUAAAAACUGUAAUUCUAGCUAGUAUAGGAAUACCGUCAUAUAUGUUCAAAGAAAUUGCUUUAGAUCACAUUUCGUUUGAAAAUUAUAACAGGCAUUUUUUUAUUGCUAUACAAAUUAUCAGUUUGUCCUUUAAUAAUAAAAAAGAAGAAAACAAUAAUAUACAACAUUCCAAUUCAGAAAUAAAGAAUGAAUUAAAAUCUGUAACUAUAAAAGUAAUUUAUUUCCCAUAAAAAUUUCUCAUAUAAUUUAGCAAAAAAUAAAAUAUUUAACGGUAGUAAUGCAAAAAUAACAACUUACCACUUAUACAUUAUGGCAAAUAUGCGU